AUGGCGAUGUUCCUGUAUUGGCAGACGCUGAUGCAGCGGCUAAGGACGGUGUCUAAACUUUUGUAUGCAUUCUGUGUCAUGCUGUUACUCGGCUUUGCUUUGUCGUGGAGUCGUCCGUUUUGGUUUGAUAACCUGACGAUCGUACCGUACAGGUUUUUGGGUCAGUUCUCCAUCGGAUCCAUCGUCACCUUUUGGCUGAUCGAAGAUAGCUUCUUUUUUCUAUUAUUGGACAUCGCCUGUCUCUACACAUUGUUUACUGUCGUGCAGCCAUUCUGGGGCGAUCGAGAGAUAUUACUUUUCCUCUUUUCCGUCACCACCGUUUUUGGCCUAUUGCUAGUAAUCGUGUCGACGGUUGCGUAUUCGUUCGGUUGGCAUUCACUGUUCUUCGAUGUAAACUACGCCGGCUUUGCCGCUCCCAUGGGCGCGGCGUUCGUCGCCGUCAAGCAGGCGCUACCGGACGCCGUUCUGUUCUCCGCCUUCUCCAUCGGUCAACGCUUGAAGGUCAACCAUCUUCCGUUCUGUGGUCUGUUGGUGCUGCCAAUGCUUUAUUUCUUCAGCGAUUGGCUAAAGUACCAAAGUUACUCCUCCGGCGCCGCCAUAUCGUCUUUCGCCUAUGUUGCUGGCAUUAUCAUCGCCUGGGUUUACCUCCGCUACUUCCAGAAGCAUACCAACGGCACUUACGGUGAUCCGUCGCCAAACUUCUCAUUCAACAGAUUUGUGCAGAUGCAGCUGCUUACCCCGCGGAUCACCUUCGGUGAGAUUCCAUCUUUGGAUGACUGGAAAUUUGUUCAUCAUGCACAAAUGGAGAGCACAAGUAUCGUGUUAGAAAACUUUAUUCACAGCGUCACCAUCCAAGCGUUGGCUGUUGUCGAUCGUGCUUAUUCAGGGUCGAGCCUGUUCCCGUCGAUGUUUCACCCGUUUUUUGACCGAGUCGCGUCCGGUUUUCGCCACAUUUGUUGGUGUAGGAAAUACUGCAUGAAAUCCAUCAGAUAUGUCCGCUUAGACGAAGUUAAAACGAACCCUGACUCGUUGCGGCAGCUUGGAUCAAUGGACAUAGAACGACAGAAGUAA